AUGGAUGAGGCUCUCCUUCAAUGGAAGGCCAGCCUUUUUCGCUACCGUGUUCAUAACAAUUCCCAACUACUACUCCCUUCAUGGACGAUGAUGAUGAUGAUGAUGGCAAACAGAAGCAGCAACGUCGACCCAUGCAAGUGGGAGGGAAUUACUUGCAAUGAGGCAAGAGGACUCAUCACCAUAAUAAACCUCUCGAGUAUGGAUUUACAAGAGUUGUCAUCAGGUCAAUUGGUAGCUGUUAAGAAGUUCACCUCUUCUUCAGAUGGAGAGGAGAUUUCUGAUCAAGAAACUUUCAGAAAUGAAAUUCUCAUGAUGACUGAAGUGAGGCAUCAAAACAUUGUAAAAUUGUGUGGUUUUUGUUCUCAUGUGCGGCACUCAUUUUUGGUUUAUGAAUAUGUGGAGAGAGGAAGUUUGGCUAAGAUCCUAAGCAUAGAAGAAGAAGCAGCAGAAUUGGAUUGGACUAAAAGGUUUAAUAUUGUUAAAGGUGUAGCUGAGGCUUUAGCUUACUUGCAUCAUGAUUGCUCACCCCCAAUAAUUCAUCGAGAUGUAUUGAGCAAAAAUAUUUUGUUGGAUUCAGAAUUUGAGCCUCAUCUCUCAGAUUUCGGCAUUAGUAGACUUUCAAAACCUGAUUCAUCCCAUUGGACAUCUCUUGCAGGAACAUAUGGAUAUUUUGCACCGGAACUUGCUUACACAAUAAGGAUUACUGAAAAAUGUGAUGUUUAUAGCUUUGGCAUAGUCACACUAAAAGUGAUAAUGGGGAAGCAUCCCGGAGAACUCAUCUCCACUUUGCCAUCGUUAUCCUUUUCACCAUUGCCAUCUAUUGAGAAAAACUUAUGGUUGAAGGAUAUAGCUGACCAAUGCAUCUCACCUCCCACAAAUCAAGUUGCUGAAAAUAGAAAUAAAAGGGUGUGA